ACUGCUCCGUUCUGUCGGUCUGACAGUGUGAUUGUGAGGAAGCAGGAACUUAUCUUCUAGUGGCUCCAGUGCUCCAGUAUUGCGUGAUCUGUCAAUUAGCGAGUCUGACGAUCUCGCGUGGUUUUUGCCGACGUCAUUUUACUGUGAUGCUCAUCGAGUUGCGAUGUCCCUCUUCGUACAGUUCGGCACCGUACUAUUUGGCGUGCUCUCCUUAACUCUGACUAUGUCGUCGGCCAAUGGUUUCUCUUACGAAAAUCUGCCCGCGGUCGCGAUGGACUACAAGGUGCACGUUGACGCCGGCAAGGAGGACUGCUACUUCCAAUAUGUAAAUCCGGGCGCGACAUUUUACGUCAGCUUUCAGGUCUUGCGUGGUGGAGAUGGCAAAGCUGGUUUUGCAGUAAGAAAUCCAGAAGGAGUUAUAGUUUAUCCUUAUCAAUGGCGCCCUAACGCUGAUUAUCAGGAUCAAUCGUUAAAUGGUGGUUAUUAUAGCGUAUGCAUUGAUAAUCAGUUUUCAAGAUUUGCUGCAAAAUUAAUCAAUUUGUACAUCACAGUGAUUAGAUAUGAUAAGUGGCAGAAAUAUACACAGGAAUUAGAAGAACUGAAUCUUUCUGUAGAGAACUUUACGAGUACAAUCGUGAAUGUGGAGAAAAAUAUUAAUGAGAUGCUCCAUACUCAACAUUGGAGCAGAAGUAGAGAAGCAAGAGAUUUGAAUCUACUGUUGGACAAUAAUUCUUAUGUGCAAACAUGGUCGAUCGCGCAAGUAGCUGUCAUUACGUUGACGACUAUGAUCCAAGUGUAUUUCGUCAGAAAAUUGUUCGACGUGAAACCGUCUGGACAUUCCAAGACACGCAUUUAAUACUGAUGUAUUGCAGUCAAUUGUUUGCUCGAUAAGAGUACGGUUCAAUACAUGUUGUGAUAAGUCUAUCAAUUGAUCAAUAUCGUAAUCGGUUUAUAGAUAAUGGCAUAAAUUAUA